GCGCCUCUGCGGCCGCUGCUCCGCGGAGCUUCCCGGGCCGAGCGGCCUCCCGCGGGCCGGGCAGCGGAGGCGCCUGGCGGAGCGGCUGCCGGGGCGGCCCCACACCGGGCAAACACUCCGGGUGAACGCCGGGAGUCCCGCGGCCCCUCAGAAAACACUAUAAAUAUAGGUUAAGAGAGGCGGAGGUCAGAGGAGACUCCACCUUUGUAUCCUGGGACUGUCGGCAGGCCGUGCCUCUCUCCUCCCCCAUAGGAAUGCCUGUUGGCAUGUUACACCCUGGCCUAAAUACCUGAAUUUCCUGUUGCAUUCACUGAUACAGGAUGCUGUUUCCUUUGGUAUUGUGUGCAGUUAUGCUGACAGGGAGCUGUAAAGUUCAAGAAGAUGAAUGGAUUGACCCCACGGAUAUGCUCAAUUAUGAUGCAGCAUCAGGAACAAUGAGAAGACCUUAUAAGGUAGAAAAAGAAAGGCCAAACUAUCCUGACUCUGAGGAAAAGGCUGGGGAUACAGUCAAUACUGAAAUCUUUCGUUGUUCUGGGGUAAUAGAUUCCUUGCAACACAAGAUUGCAGAGUGUGAGAAGAGGAAUGCCAAAUCACAUGAGAGCCGUAGCUUCUAUAUAUUUAAGCGAUACUUGAAUAAGAUUUUAAAUGAAGCCGGAAAACUUGGCCUUCCUGAGGAAAACAUAGGCCAUGUCCAUUAUGAUGCUGAGAUCAUUCUUACAAGACAGACAUAUUUGGAGAUCCUCAGGUUUGUUAAUGAAGAAGCCUGGCAGCCAGGUGCCCUGGAUGAGGCACUGAGUGAUAUUUUGAUCAAUUUUAAACACCAUGAUGAUCAAGCUUGGCAGUGGAGAUUUGAAGAUGCCUUUGGAAUUGAUCUAUAUAAUUUGUUUUUGCUACUCUUGUGCUUAGUGUGCAUUGUAAUUGUAAUAGCUACAGAACUCUGGACAUGUGUUCUUUGGUUUGUUCAGCUAAAACGUGUUUUAUUAAUAAGUUUUUUCAUCAGUUUUGCAUGGAAUUGGCUUUACUUGUAUAAGCUGGCCUUCGCUCAGCACCAGGCAGAGAUCGCCAAGAUGGGCCAGUUCGACAACGUCUGUGCGGAGAAGCUGGACUGGCGGGGAAGUCUCAUUGAAUGGCUUAGAAGUACAUGGACGUUUCAGGAUGAUCCCUGUCAGAAGUAUUAUGAAACUCUGCUUGUAAAUCCUAUUUUGCUGGUUCCACCAACAAAGGCCUUGGCAAUAACUUUCACCAACUUUGUAACUGAACCUUUGAAGCAUGUAGGACAAGGUAUUGGUGAAUUCAUCAAGGCACUUAUGAAGGAGAUACCGUUAAUUCUGCAGGUUCCAGUGCUCAUUAUGAUGGCUCUGGGUGUCCUGGCUUUUUGCUAUGGUGCAGGAUCAUCGGUGUCUGCAUUUAGACACUUAACGUCUUCUCAGAAGAAAAGUCUUCCUCUGCCUGCCAGUGAGCAGGAGCAAAUAGCCUUUGGGCAGUACGAUGGGAGGACAGCAGAUGAGUAUUAUGUGCAGAAGCAUCUGUAUAUCCCCAGAGGCCACCAGGACAGAGGGGACGCCUCCACACGGCCUCUCCCCGUGGUGAGAGCGGGAAGUGGCAGCAGGAGCCCGGACACGGCGCAUGCCAGCGACGAGCCGGAUGCACAGAACAGGUUGUAUACUGAAUCUGAAGUUCAUAGACUUGAAACUCUCAAAGCUGAAAACGUUACUGAAGAAGCUGCACUUGAGCAGCAAAAACAGGAGACAGGCAAAGCAGAGGGAGAGACUGGAGAAAACUGUGACCCUAAUAAAAACCUAGAAGGGAAAAGUUCUGCUGUGGAACCAUGUGAAAAGAAGAAAAAGAGUGUUCUACAUGACUCCCAGGAAAGAGACUAAGGAAGAUCCAGGCUCUGCUGUGGAGUAGAGGAUGUUGCCAGUGGAGCAGCUGAGAGUCUGUUCUUCUCCUGGAAGCAGCACCUCUGAUCAUCCAUCCUGUUACUCUGGAACCGACUCAGCAGAUCAAAGAAACCUUCAUCUGCCAUUGUCUCACGAGUGCUUUUCUGAAAAGGACAAGAUUUAGGGUAUUUGACCUUAGAGUGCCUACAGCUGGGACAACUGCAUCAGAAUUUCAGUCCAGUGAUAAUGUUUGAUAUUUACGUAUCUGAAAUUUAUUAAUUUUUUUAGUCAACCAUUUCUAUAGCCAGAGAUCUAUCGUAGGAGAAGAUGCUAAUGCUAGGGCAGCAUUUUGGAGAGUGAAAUAUAUUAGAAAUGUUUCAUUCUCUGAAAUGGAAGAAAUAAAUAGUGCACUGAUCAUGGUACAGUGGGAAUUACUCCUCCUCAGACAUUAAUCCAACAAAAUCCAAAUGCCCGUGAGAGGAAAAAGAAACAAAAGCAAUGAACAGUUCCCAUUUUCUCCUCAGGUCUAUGACCAAAUGACUCUGUUCUUUUAUUUUAAACUGACUUCUCUCGAGAGUGUAAUAACGUAAAAAUUAUGUCCAAAAUAUCUCCCACUGCCUGAAACAGAAAAACUAGAUUUUGCUAAGCAUGGGUAAGUGGGAUCUAUAAGAGACUUAGAGCUCAGCUUGAAAAUACAAUUGAUUUCUAACUUAAAAAAAAUCCACCACAAAUAAAAUGUUUCAGUAGUAGAAAGAUCUUAAAGCUGGCACCACCCCGGGAGAGCUGUAGAAUGACAGAUUCUGCAUCAGUUUAGUUUAGAGCCACAGUGUUUAAAUUAAGUUAAACUGAACAGACAGCUUCACAAUUCUGAUCACACAAAGAUGAGUAAAGGCCAUGAUCUCCACAGCUCACCACACCUACCCUCUGAGGGUUUGAAAGUCGAUGAUCAAUGGAAUUACUGGCAUCCUGCAAAACUUUGGAGGUGGUGCCAUUUUUGUACUUUUUGCCUUUUAGUCGAUGUACAAAAUGAAGUUUUGCUGAAGUUUUGGCAACCAGUGGUUUCUGUUUAGCAAGAAUCUCACUGUUCCAGUUUGGAACCUAAGAAAACAAGAGUCAGAAAAUUAAGCCUUCUGAUUUUAUUUACCAGUACUGUUUCCUCUGACUUGCUGCUGCUUUUCCUCACCAAAAUGCGGCAGCUUUACACUAUUUUGUUCACGCAGCCACAAGGAUGUGGUUAUGAUUCCUGAGCUGCUGUUAGCAGGUUAGUGCUGUUACUGGUCAGUCUGAGAACUGAACUGUGCUGUAACACCUAAUGGAUUAAAACACACUGAAAUUGUCCUUACUGACUGCAGAGCAGGAAAGGCAGUUAAUACAAGUACUGAAAUGCAGCCACAGCUGGCAUUUCCCACCUGGCAUUUUAAAACUGGAAAGAAAAAAAAAAUUAAAAACCCACCCCAUAUUACAAAGUGUUAGAGCAAAACAAACCCUUAUACAAAUGCAACUACUCAACUAGCCUCCCCUCAAGUUUUGAUACACACAAACUUCCCAAUAAAGACUGAAAAGAAAGAGGGAGACAAAUGCCAGCACAAGAACAAACAGGAAUAACCACCUCCUUUCAUUAAACAACAGAGUCGAUAACUUUAUCAACCUGAUAGAUUUUCCCUAAAAAUUCCUCAAAAAUAAACAGAAUUAUCCACAACUGA